AUGUAUAAUUUUGUCUACACCAUUUGGAGCCGCCAGCCAGGGGACAGGUGGCCACAGCAGCGAGUGACAGCCAGUGCCCAUGGCCGGGGACACCGGGAUGGCCGGGAAGCCCAGACCCUCGGCCUCGCUGGUGCCCAGAGCACCCAGCUCCUGGUGGAGCCCCCCUGGACGCCAGCAGUGCUGUGGGACCGGGUGACACUGACCUGCCAGGGCUCAGGGACCACCGGUGACACCACCUGGUACAAGGACAGGCGGCUCUGGUGGCAGAAAGGACCCGACAGAUUCACUGUCACCAAGAGUGGAACCUACACGUGUCAUAGACCCAGCAGUGGGCUCAGCCCCACCGUGAUGGUGUCAGAUGAGCCGCUGGUGCUGCAGGUGCCAGCACGGGCGCUGCUGGAGGGGGACACGGUGACACUGCGCUGCCGGGCCUGGCCAGACAACUCUGUCACCAGGGUGCGAUUUUACAAGGACGAGAAGGAGCUCAGAGGGUCACUCAGGGGCACCCAGAUGUCCCUGUCCCCUCUGCAGCUGCACAACAGCGGCCGCUACAGCUGCGGGGGCUUGGUGGGAACAGGAGCAAAAUUGUCAGCACCGGUGACAGUGACAGUGCACGAGCUCAAGCCUGUCUUGGUGCUGGAGGGUCCCCCCGAGCUCCCCGAAGGGUCCCCCCUCAAUCUCAGCUGCCUCAGCACCCCCAGCCCCCUGCGGCCCCCAGCCCCCCUCCUGUACAGCUUCUACCGGGACGGGCAGUUGGUGGGGGGCCCGCAGGGGUCCCCGCAGCUCCUGGUGCCCGCCGUGGGGGUCUCCCACUCGGGGAAUUACAGCUGCGAGGUGCGCUCCGAGGGGGGGGCCGUGCGGAAGAGCAGCGCCCGGCUCGGCGUCACGGUGCGCGGGGUCCCACUCUCGGGGGUGUCCCUGUCGGUGCAGCCCCCCGGGGGACAGGUGGCACUGGGGGACCGCCUGGUGCUGAGCUGCACGGUGGCCAUGGGGACAGGUCCCCUGUCCUUCUCCUGGCUCCGGGGGGGCUCGGGGACACCGCUAAGCACAGGACCUGACCUGGAGCUGCGGCACGUUGGGGACAAUGACAGCGGCCACUACCAGUGCCGGGUCAGCAAUGGGGACAGCGUGGCCGAGAGUGUCCCCCUGAAUGUCACUGUCUUGGUGCCCGUGGCCAAUGCCACCAUCACCCCCGGUCCCCCGGCACUCCAGGUGCGCCCAGGUGACCCCGUGACCCUGCGCUGCUCGGUGCAGGUGGGCUCAGCCCCUGUCACCUUCACCUGGCUGCACAACGGGCACGAGGUGGCCCAGGGUCCCUUCCUGGAGCUUGGGGACAUCGAUGUGGGACAUUCGGGCACCUACCAGUGCGUGGCCACCAACCAACUGGGACAGGACGGGCACCGCGUGUUCCGGGCACUCAGCCCAGAGCUGGCCCUGGAGGUGACACCACAGGGAACCACUGGACACCACUGGAGCACAGCAGUGGCCGCAGGCCUUGGCGGGUCCCUCCUCUUCCUGGUCCUGCUCGUGGGUGGAGCUGUGGGCUGGCACCGGUGGAACAACAUGGCUGACAGGAAGCAGCAGGAAAGGGCCCCCAUGGAGCCCCCGGCCCCCCCAGAGGAGGGGGAGGUGCUGUACACCCACGUCGUGAGCACCAAGCAGACGGGGGUGUCCCCCCGUGCCACCACACUCCAGGAUCCCCAGGUGACCUACGCUGAGCUGCCAGCAACCCAUGGGCGACCGCGGGAAUGUGGGGACAUCUAUGGGAAUGUGCUGUGACACUUGGGGAACGGCGGAGUA